UACCUGGGCACUGCCAUAUAUACCCUGGUGCUGAUGAGGCUAUCAUAGCAUUCCACCGAGUGACCCAGCUACUAGAAACGUGCUUGUAACUAACUCUGAAAACAGACAGAAUGGGAGAAAAGUACGUGUUCACGAGCUGCUGCUGCGGGUGCUCCCUGCGGACGGGCGCCCUCGCCAUCGCCAUCGUCAGUCUGGUACUGUCUACUGUCGGUGCAGCUUAUGGCGCCUACGUGGGUUCAUACGGAGAGAGCGAGGGCUGGGUCGACUUCUUCAUCGACGUGGUCAACCUCCUCCUGGCGGCCAUCCUCAUCCACGGCAUUCGCACGGAGAGGAGGGAGCUCGUCCUGGCGUGGGUAUGGGGCACGGCCGUCAUGGUUUGCAUCACCAUCAUCGUGGGCAUCGUGAUCCUCGUCCUCACGCCCACCGUCCUGGGCGCCGUGAUCCUGCUGGUGGCGGCGCUGGUGCAGAUCUACUUCAUCCUGGUCGUCAGGUCCUACGCUUUCACGCUUGGAGGCCCCGUGCUGCCGUCGUGAAGGAUCCGCAGCGACGGAGAGGAGACGGGGUGAUAGAAGCAGAGCAACAAGUACGAGUGCACGUAAGAUGUAGGCACGUGUGGUGGAUAUCUACAUAGAUGCAUACAAAGUCACACACACACACACACACACACACACACACACACACACACACACACACACACACACACACACACACACACACACACACACACACACACACAUACACACAAACACACAUGCCAACUUAUCAACCCACGCAUCCAUAUUACAUCUUGGUAUGAA